AUGUGGUACGACUCGUUUGACAACGGUGAGCCAUUGCAGCUAUCGCAAGACUACGAUGCAGGUUCCUAUCAAUUGUUUGGAACCCUCAGUGAAAAAAUGUCUCAAGAUGACUUCGAUGAUUUCACAGAACAAGAAAUGCAACAGCCAAUAAACAGCUACAAGCCUCGCUUUCCAACCGAGGCAUGGCCUGAGAAGAAUAACUCAUGGUACAUGCAGGAAAUUCCACUAGAUUAUUAUUCACCCGGAAGUGAAAGGACUCAAAGUGAGCAUGCGCAGAUAGGCUUCGAAGGUCCACCUGUCAACUGGUUUUCUGAAGUUCCGGAGGAAAGAAAUAAUGUUCAGGUAUGGUGGAAGGUCUUAAAAUAUGCUCUAUAAAAUCAAAAUUCCGAAAUUAUCUAAGACAGUUAUCCUUCUGUUCGGUGCUCAUUACAAACACCGUAACAGAAUCAAUAAACUCUUUUCUACUUUGUAUUACUUGAUUACCCUAACUUCUUUUACCUAUUUUAUCGCCACUCAGUCCGCUCGUUUCAUCCUGAUCUAAGCAGUACUAGGGCGACAGCCACGCGAAGGCUGUACAAUAAUUCAACACUCAAUUAGAGGUACCCCUCGUACCCACUUGAAAAGGAGUAUAGGCAACCACUGCGAACGUCAGAAAAAUAAGUGGUUUCAUAUGAGAAAAACAACACCACUGCAGUUUGCACAUUUCUUCGACGUUCACUGCACGACGUGAAAUUUCCCAAAAACCGCGUUUCAUAGAGGACGUGAACACGCGAUGACGAAUUGUACUUUCUCUUUUCGCGCUUGACCUUAAACACAGUCCUCAGCUAAGAAUUCAGCUCUUGAAAAAUUCGUCUACAUUUUCUAAAUAAACCGAGAUUCAUUUCUUUUAAUGACGUUGAACACAGUCACCAUUUUUGCCUGAGCUGUGAUUUUUUCUUUGAACUACUGAUCCCUGCACUCAGGCUAAGUUUAAUCACUGAUCUGAUAGGCAGGCAACUGGCAGGCAACCGUUGCGAACUGGCAAUUUCAAGUGUCAUUUCAGUAGGCAUCCCGCUCCAGAGUAUGGAACGUUCCACUUCAUGAUUAUAAGUCCACUAAUACGUAUCUCUUACAGCGAGCUCAGCGCUGUGAGAAGGCUCCGCCCAAAGUUGAUUCGCGCGCUAAGCAAGAAGCGGUAGUUACCCAUUUGAACUUAAAGGUGUCCACUAAAUCUUGGUUCUAAACUUGGAAUGAACUUUGUAUCUUUAGUGAUGAAAUAAGAAAAUAACCUUCUCGAUUUUUGGGCGGGAUUUUUUUUGGCCUAUUUUCUUUGUUUUUGUGGCGAGUGUACGUAUAACUAUGCGUAGGUCAGAUAAGUUAUGCAAGAAGUUUGGGUGUUGUGACACUAUACGAAAGGAAUUUUUUGUCUGUUAGGGUAAAAUCGUAACCACUCAAUAAUAGAUCGUUAUUAUUAUUAUUCUUUGCAGGAAAGGAGCACGGUUCUUAAUAACAUCCAGAAUUUGCGUUCGACACGUUUCACAAUAGACGAGGAAAUCGCAGAACAGAAGAUCCUAAACGCUUCUAUUUUAAAACAGUCAUCCGCAGUGAAAGAGCACAUUUAUAAAAUGAUUUCACAAAAUGAAAACCUGCGAAACGAAUCCCAAAUCAUGGAAAACAAAAAUCUUGAAUUAGAAGCCAAACUCGAUCAAGAAACACGGCGGUUGACAGAGAAAUAA